UGCAUUAACUCCUAGGAAAACAAGCGCCCAGACAGCUGGAGCAGAGCCUGGCAAUGGAGGUUGUCCCCACAGCAGCCAGCAGCAGCUCCCUGGCUGGCACCAGCUGGCUGGAUGUCACCCUUGUCACCUGCACCGAGACCGUGACUUUCACCGAAGUGCUGGAGGAAGAGGAGUGGAAAUCCUUUUACUACUCCUUUAAGACAGAGCAGCUGGUGACUCUUUGGAUCCUCUUUAUUGCCACUAUUGCUGGAAAUGCCAUCGUGCUCUUCUCUACAUGGAGAAGGAAGAGGAAAUCUCGAAUGACCUUCUUUGUUACACAGUUGGCAAUCACAGAUUCAUUCACGGGACUGAUAAACAUAAUGACCGACAUCAUCUGGCGCUACACGGGAGAUUUCAUGGCCCCUGAUAUCGUUUGCAGAGUCGUCCGCUACUUACAGGUGGUCCUCCUCUAUGCUUCGACCUAUGUCCUCGUGUCCCUGAGCAUAGACCGGUAUCAUGCCAUAGUUUACCCCAUGAAGUUCAUGCAAGGAGAAAGACAGGCGAAAGUUCUUAUUGGAGUGGCCUGGAGCCUCUCUUUCCUGUUUUCGAUACCGACUCUGAUUAUUUUUGGGAAACGACAGCUCUCCAACGGGGAAGUGCAAUGCUGGGCUCUCUGGCCAGACGAUUCCUACUGGAUCCCCUACAUGACAGUGGUUGCUUUCCUUGUGUAUUUCAUUCCUCUGAUCAUUAUCAGUGUCAUAUACUCAAUCGUGAUUCGAACCAUCUGGAUGAAGAGUAAAGCUCAGGCUGUCAUUAUAUCCAGCUGCCGUGAUGGCAAAACCUCUGCUGGCUACACCAGUCGGGGGUUUAUAUCCAGAGCGAAAGUGAAAGCCAUCAAGUACAGCAUUGUAAUUGUUCUUGCAUUUGCUCUCUGUUGGAGCCCCUACUUUCUGUUUGAUAUCCUGGACAACUUCAACAUCCUUCCCGAGACCAAAGAGCGCUUCUAUGCGUCCGUGAUCAUUCAGAACCUGCCUGCCUUGAACAGCGCCAUCAAUCCCCUCAUCUACUGCCUCUUCAGCAACCACCUCUGCACUCCCUUCAAGGAGAGAAGAACACGACGGCUGGAGGGGACUUUCCGGGACCGGAGUGAAGGAGGGCAGGAAAUGCAGGUCCUGUCCAAACCAGAAUACAUCUAGCACAUGUAAUGCCCUCAGAGGCACACCAGGACCCGUGCUGAGGAGAGUAGAGUUUUCCCCAAAGGACAGACAGACACCAUGCACAAACUGGCUGGACUGAGCCUGUGCCUCGCUGCUGUUGAACAGCACGAGACUUUGGGACCAGUGCUAUGCCUUCAACUAUCACAUGUUGUCAGGACCAAGCUUGCCACAAGGGGUUUGCAUGCUACUUUUAUGAUGGCUUAUUUCAGCCAUCUGUUUUCAAGCAAGCUGUAACAUAUCCGUACUCCAAACGGCAAAAAGCAAUGUAAACGGUGUCUAGUCAGAGCCUUCUCUCUAUUCUUCAAGUGUCUCUCAAA